UACAACUCGCUAUUAUUGUCAUCUUCGGUGUCGUCUUAUCUCUCAUGAUAUUAGCGACGAGUGUCGACCUAAUCAUUGUCUACACAAAUGACUUGAAUUACAUUCCGUUCAUUAGUUUCGAGACCCGAUUAAAGAAAUUACUUUUGGACACACUUUUAUCAUUUUCUGUGUAUAAAAACGGAAAAGUCUUGUUCGACACGACCACCCGUUCCUCCAAUUCCAUUGAAUGCAUUAAUGGCAUACGAGUGCUGUCUAUGUUAUGGAUCAUAUGGACGCACACCUACUUAAUACCAAUUAAGGAAACAUUUACUUUUGUCAGGGAUUUCAUGUUUACUGUAGAAGAACUGGGCUUUCAGUUGAUAUUAAAUGGAUGGGUAUUAGUGGACACAUUCUUCUUAGUGGGCGCUAUGCUUACCACUUAUAGUCUGUUUCAUCGGAUGAACAAAACUGACGGACAGAUCAAUGUUUUGCAACAAAUACUAAACCGAUUCUUCCGAUUUUGGCCGUCAGUGGCGAUGACAAUAAUGUUUAUAUUUCUGUUCCCAUCCCUGACCAGCGGUCCCCUUUGGAUGGAGUACUUUGAGGUACAGCUGGAUAAGUGCUAUAAGAAUUGGUGG